AUGGACAUUGACGACAUCUUGUUGGACUUCGAGAAGUCUGCUGCUCCAAAAAGAAGCUCGAAAAUCGAGCUGGAUCUAUAUAAUCGGUUGGUUACUGCUAUGGUCAACGAGAGAAUGGCUCCGGACGUGUUGCCCUAUGAGCAUUCGUUGUUGCAGCUGGUGCUAUUGAUGCUAUCUCAGCAACAGCAAUAUCUCCUAGACUCACAUGAGUAUGGUGAUCUGAAUAUAGGCAGCGGGAUCGUUUCCUCGGACUUCAAGCUCCAGUUAAUGAUUGUAGAGACAGAGAUCGAGAGGCUAAACUACUUGGUGAGACUGUACUUAAGAGUGCGAUUGGCGAAGUUAGACAAAUUUAACAUUUUCUACAUAAACCAGGUGAACGAUAGCAAGAGUAAUGGUAGGGAUACGAAACCACUUUUAUCGCAAGAAGAGACAGAGUAUAUACAUAAGCACUUCAAGAUCCUUACUCAGCUUUAUAAUUCUUGUUUCUUGAAGAAAAUGCCCCAUUUCUUGACUCUUUUGGAUGACACGAGCGGAGGGCAGCUGAUGGUUGUGGAACCAGAUAUAGAUCAACCAGUUUUCAUAAAAGUGGUCUCUAAAACUCCGAUAACGUUGCUUUUGACACAAGAUGAAGACUUGGAGUUGGAAAGAGACGGGAUUUAUGUGGUCAAAUAUCGCUUAGUGAAGAAAUAUAUAGAGAUAGGUGAUAUUUUAUUGAUAUAG